AUGGGACUACUCAGACUUUUUGGCUCUGUAGGUCUUUACUACCUCAACACAAAGAUCUCAGAGCGAGUGAUAAACAACUUCCAAGGCAGCGAGGCAUGGAUCCCAGAGAAUGAGCUGGUUCUCUUGACUGGUGGCAGUGGUGGCAUCGGCAGAGAAAUAAUGGAAGAUCUUUCUCGCAAUAAAGUACGCGUUGUGGUCCUCGAUAUCAUCCGGCCUACCUUUGAGCUUCCAGAAAACGUCACAUUCUAUCAAACAGAUGUGACAUCGGCCAAAUCUCUUUCCGAAGCCGGCGCUGCUAUUCGAAAGGCACACGGAGAGCCAACUGUUAUUGUGAACAAUGCUGCUAUUUUCCAUCAUGAUACCAUUCUAGAUUUGCCAGAGGAGCAAUUGCGUCAGGCAUUCGAUGUCAACAUCAUCUCCCAUUUCCUCAUCAUAAAAGAAUUCCUUCCGUUCAUGAUACGUAUGAACCGCGGCCAUGUUCUUACAGUAGCGAGCGUUGCGAGCUUUGUUACUCUCGGCGAGAUGGUGGACUAUGCUUGUUCUAAGGCUGCCGCUCUUUCUUUCCAGGAAGGCCUUCGGCAAGAGUUGAAAUAUUGGUACAAAGCUCCGAAUGUGCGGACGAGUACCAUUCACCCCCUUUGGGUUCAGACUCCCAUGAUCGAAGGCUUCACUAAAUAUCAAGCUGCUUUCGAUCAACCACUCCUAGAUCCAAAGGACGUCUCGCAGGCAGUGGUGGAGCACCUUGUUAAUCGGAAAAGUGGGCUAACCGUCCUGCCUAGACAUUCCUCGGUGAUUGGGUCGCUGAGGGCCUUCCCACUAUGGCUACAAGAGGCAGUGCGAUCAUACUUUUCGAGUUUUGUCAUGCGAGUGAGGAUUCAGCGGACUGCUGAUGAAAAUUCUGGCUCGCAUGUUCCUUAG